AUGGCACCCUCUCACCUCCGAACGCCUCCUCAGGCUCCUCCGGUCUUCACUGCGACCCCUCAGUCGGUCGUGGCGGAUGCAGAGCGUCUCAUCAAGACCUCGCGGGCUGUCCAAGACAGGCUCGUGGCGGAGGUGAAGCCUGACGCAGCCACUUUUGCCAAUGUUUUGAAACCCUUGUCCCGAGACCAGAAUGAAAUGGCUCUAGAGUCCCAUAUCAUUGGCUUUUACCAGGCUGUGUCGACGGACCAGAAGCUUCGUGAUGCGUCAUCCAAGGCUGAGGAGUUGAUGGAUGAGUUCUUCAUCGAGGCUGUGAUGCGAGAAGACGUCUACCAGUUGGUGGAUGCUGUGUUGAAGAAGAAUGAGACUUUGGACCCCGAGUCUCGUCGCCUGCUGGAGAAGGAGCACAAGGAUUUCAUUCGCAACGGGCUGUCUCUGCCCGCGGGGGAGAAGCGUGAUCGAUUCAAGGAGAUCAAGAAACGGCUGAGCACGCUCAGCAUUGAGUUCCAGAAGAAUCUGAACGAGGAGAAUGGGGGUCUGUGGUUCACUCCGGAACAACUAGACGGUGUCCCCGAGGAUGUUCUGUCUGGCCUGAAGAAGGGCGAGGGCGAAAACGCCGGCAAGCUCUGGUUGACCUUCAAGUAUCCCGAUCUGUUCCCUACCAUGAAGUAUGCCACCAAUUCCGAGACUCGUCAGAAACUGAUGAUUGAGAACGAGAACAAGUGCAACCAAAAUGUACCGCUGUUCCGUGAGGCCAUCAUCUUGCGUGACGAGGCUGCCCGCUUGCUGGGCUACCCCAACCACGCCGCCUUCCGCAUUGAAGAUAAGAUGGCCAAGACCCCAGAAACCGUGAACAAGUUCUUGGGCGAUCUGCGUUCGCGUCUUACUGCAGGCGGUAAGCGGGAGAUUCAGACCCUGAUGGAAUUGAAGAAGUCUACCGAUCCCAAGGCCGAUGGUCGCUAUUUCCUCUGGGAUCACCGCUUCUACGAUCGUCUGAUGCUGGAGAAGGAUUUCUCACUGGAUCAGCAGCUGAUCGCAGAGUAUUUCCCAUUGCAGACGACCAUUCAGGGUAUGCUAAAGAUCUUCGAGGAGCUGUUUGGAUUGGAGUUUGUUGAGAUCGUGGGUGAAGACCGCGCCGCCGUGGCACCCACAGGCAAGGGUGACGAUAUCGUCUGGCAUGAGGAUGUGCAGGUGUUCAGCGUGUGGGACGACGAGGGUGAGGGCAGUGGGUUUGUCGGCUAUCUUUACCUCGAUUUGUUCCCUCGUGAGGGCAAGUAUGGUCAUGCCGCCAACUUUAACCUUCAGCCGGGUUUCAUCGAUGCCGAGGGCAAGCGCCGUUAUCCCGCAACUGCACUGGUCUGCAACUUCACCAAGCCCACGCCCAAGAAGCCCUCUUUGCUCAAGCACGACGAAGUCGUCACUCUGUUCCACGAGCUGGGUCACGGUAUCCACGAUCUUGUGUCCAAGACCAUCUACUCUCGCUUCCACGGUACCAACACCGUCCGGGACUUUGUUGAAGCUCCUAGUCAGAUGCUGGAGAACUGGUGCUGGACGCCUUCCCAACUGCGCGCCCUCAGCCGCCACUACUCCACCUUGUCCCCGGAGUACCUUGCAGGCUGGCAAGAAUCGCAGCAAGCCAAGAGUGGUGGCAAGACAGCUACUGCCCCUCCAUCCGAGCGCAUUCCAGACGAGGUCGUCAAGAGCCUGAUCUCCACCAAACACGUCAACGACGCUCUGUUCAACCUGCGCCAGCUCCACUUUGGUAUCUUCGACAUGGCCGUCCACGAGCCCGCCAGCCACGAGGACAUCAAAAGCCUUCCCAUCUCUGCCACAUACAACCGUCUCCGCCAUGAGAUCACCCAGAUGGACGGCCCCGAAGCCCUCGGCGCCAGCGAUGAUUGGGGCCACGGCGAAGCCACUUUCGGUCACCUGAUCGGCGGUUACGACGCCGGAUACUAUGGUUAUCUGAGCUCGCAAGUCUACUCGACGGAUAUGUUCUACACCGUGUUCAAGGAUGACCCCAUGAACAAGGAACAUGGCCGUCGUUAUCGCCACACUGUUCUGGAGAAGGGCGGUAGCCAGGAUGAGAUGACCACUCUGACGGAGUUCCUGGGCCGAGAGCCGCGCACUGAUGCAUUCUACCAGGAAUUGGGACUUGCGUGA